GGUGUGCGUGGGUGGAAGCCAGGAGGGGCGGAGGGAGGAAGCUGGCUUCCUGAAGCCUUUCAGUCCUCAAAGAUAGACGGACUGACAGACAGCUGGCAAGAGGCAGCCUGGGGGGGACAGAGCUGCUUCAAGACCCCAUGAGCCACCACUGAUCUUGGAGUGGAACUGCCGACAAUGAGAAGACCCUUCGAGAAGCGGAGCGUGCCCGGAUCCCCAACUGACUCCAAUGCUACCAGAGGCCUCCGUUUCUCAUUAUAGAGAAGCCUGCUGGCUAGACUCAGAGAGCUGUGUGCUUUUGCCCUUCCUUCGGUGUGGUUAGCAGGCUGUUGGCCACAUGUGGACCCCAGCUUAGAGCCCUGUGGACUUGGGCAGGCCUCAUGGCUGAGUGAGCCUCCCUUGGGCCCAGCAACCUACCCCAGCAUGGUCCAGACCUGUGAGGGGCGCUCCAGAGCACAGCUGCCGAUCUUGUCUUUGGGGGCAGACAUGACUCAGCCUCCACCCACCAAGGCUCCGGCCAAGAAGCAUGUGCGGCUGCAGGAGAGAAGGGGCUCUAGCGUUGCUCUGAUGCUGGAUGUGCGGUCUUUGGGCACCGUUGAACCUAUCUGCUCGGUGAACACACCCCGGGAAGUCACCCUACACUUCCUGCGCACAGCUGGACACCCCCUGACACGCUGGACGCUACAACACCAGCCUCCCAGCCCCAAGCAGCUAGAGGAGGAAUUCUUGAAGAUCCCCUCAAACUUCGUCAACCCUGAAGACCUGGAUAUCCCUGGCCACGCCUCCAAAGACCGAUACAAGACCAUCUUGCCAAAUCCCCAGAGCCGCGUCUGUCUUGGCCGGGCACAGAGCCAGGAGGACAGUGACUACAUCAAUGCCAACUACAUCCGGGGAUAUGAUGGGAAGGAGAAGGUCUACAUUGCCACCCAGGGGCCCAUGCCCAACACGGUAGCUGACUUCUGGGAGAUGGUGUGGCAAGAAGAUGUAUCCCUCAUCAUCAUGCUCACCCAGCUCCGAGAGGGCAAGGAGAAAUGUGUGCAUUACUGGCCCACAGAGGAGGAAGCCUAUGGGCCCUUCCAGAUCCGCAUCCAGGACAUGAAAGAGCACCCAGAAUAUACUGUGAGGCAACUCACCAUCCAGCAUCAACAGGAAUGCCGCUCAGUGAAGCACAUCCUCUUCUCAGCCUGGCCAGACCACCAGACUCCAGAGUCAGCGGGGCCCCUGCUGCGCCUGGUGGCUGAGGUGGAGACCCCAGAGACAGCUGCCAACUCCGGGCCUAUUGUGGUUCACUGCAGUGCAGGGAUCGGCCGGACAGGCUGUUUCAUUGCCACCCGCAUCGGCUGCCAGCAACUGAAGGCCCGAGGGGAGGUGGACAUUCUGGGCAUUGUGUGCCAACUUCGCCUAGACAGAGGAGGCAUGAUCCAGACGGCAGAGCAGUACCAGUUCCUGCACCACACUUUGGCCAUGUAUGCAGCCCAGCUGCCCCCGGAGCCCAAUCCCUGACCCCUGACCCCUGACCCCUGCCGCUCCACCAGCCCAGGGGGCUCUCAGGCCUGGGACAGUGAGUCUGGGGAAGUGGGCUGUGUGCUCUGGCAUGGCUUCUGCAUAAGCACAGGAAAGGGAUCUUUGGAAUGCUUUACAGUCUCAGGAAACUGCCCCAGCAAGCAACAGGAGCCAGGCUGCAGGUCUUUUCCACCGACCAUGACUCUGCCUUCUUCAGUGGCCCCCAGUGGACCAUAGGGAACUUCCUGUGGCCCUGAACUUACAGAUAGGAGCUGGUCUUUGAAAUGGAUUGAGAAAGCAGCUGGGGUGCUGGCUUAUCUAGGCACUUUCUGUGGGCUCCUUUCGACACAAAGAGUCAGUCAAACAGAAUGUUCCUGAAAGCCAUUCCACAUGUCGCCCUGCUGUUGGGGCUGCAGAGACGGUGCCUGCAAGAUCCUCUUCCAUUAAGGCCUUGCCCACACACAGGCAAGAUGCAAGAGCAAGGAAAAUCCUGGUCCAACCUUGGUCAAAUCCUCUCUAUCUACCUACACUGCUCCUCCCCGUACACCCCUGAGUGCUAGAUGUCUCGCUCAGAAGAGAAUAAGAGCCUUGGUUGGCCUGCCUCCAUACAUAUCAUAAAAGGAGAUGCAGGGGUAACCAGGUCUAGCAGGUGGAAUCAUUGGAAGAGGCCAGGUGUGAUGUUGUAUCUGUCAUCUCAGCACUCAGGAGCAGAAGCAGGAGGAUUGCUGCAAGUUUGAGGCCAUCGAGGUCUACAUUGUGAGUACCAGGCCAGCCAGAAGGACAUAGCAAGAUCUUCUCUCUUUUUUUUUUUUUUAAAAAAAAAAAAAAAAAAAGCAAUCUUGAGCUCUCUGGAGGAGAUGGGGGCUGCCUCUGCUUCUAUGGCUUCCUUCCUGUCAUCUGCUCCCAACCACUCUCUGGGGAAAACCCAUCACUCUCUGCUUUGCUCCUGUGACUUCAGAGCAUCCUCUAGAUACCCGUGAAGUAUCAAAGAAAGAGGAGAGAAGAGACAAAGAGCUAUGUCUGGUUCAAGCAAACCUACCUGCCAUACCUCCCCUGGCUUGUAUUUCUCUGCGGAGCCCACCUAGAUUGCUUCUCUGGUUCUAGAAACAGGCUGGGCUGUCACCACUCCAUACAGCAUGAAGCUCAGACCUUCCUCCUUCCUCCUCAUCGCUUCACACAAUCUCCAGGGAACCCACGGUCUAUCUCAGGGAUGAACUAUAUACCCCCAGGAAGCCAGACAAACCCUGAGUCUUCCUUGAUUCAGUUUGGACUGCCUGUGGGGAGGAAAGCAGAAUACUGUUCUCACAGUCUGGUCCUCAGCUCCUGGAUGUGCUAAGUGACCCAAGUCCUCGGUGAAAACCCCAAGGAGCUGGAGAAGUGACUGCCCGCUUGCUUCCUGGCAUCUCUCUGGCGAACGCGCAGUGCUUCUGGACACAGUGUUGAAAGCCUGUGAUCCGCACUUGGACAGCGAAGGCAGGGGAAACUGGGAGUUCCAGACUAGCCUUGGCUAUAUGAAACCCUAUCUCAAAAGCAAACAAACAAAAAGAAACUAAACAAAUAAACAAACAAACAAAAAUACUGUGAGGCUACAACUGAGGCUACCCCUCUUAAUGCUCAACCUGAGCUGAGUAGGCAUGCUGUGCUUCUUUAGUCUUGGGGUGGUAGCUUGCACUUCGACUUUUUGAAGUCCCCUAAAAGGUAGGUUUCAAGAUACUACCAUGAUCUCAGAACAUGUCUGGAAGGAAGCAAGGGAGCAAUUGCACAGUCCUAUGGGCACCCUCCCUACAUAGUCACCCCAACCCUGUUCUAGAGGGCACAGGCUCUGGAAAAGCAUAAUAAAUAAAUAAAUAACCUCUUGGAUGCCCA